AUGGCCGACUCUUUGACUGAGGAACAGGUUUCCGAGUACAAGGAGGCUUUCUCUCUCUUCGACAAGGAUGGUGAUGGCCAGAUCACCACCAAGGAACUGGGCACUGUGAUGCGCUCCCUGGGCCAGAACCCUUCCGAGUCAGAGCUGCAAGAUAUGAUCAACGAGGUGGAUGCUGACAACAAUGGCACCAUCGAUUUCCCUGAAUUCCUUACAAUGAUGGCUCGGAAGAUGAAGGACACCGACUCCGAAGAGGAAAUCCGGGAAGCUUUUAAGGUCUUCGACCGCGACAACAACGGUUUCAUUUCCGCUGCGGAGCUGCGCCACGUUAUGACCUCUAUCGGAGAAAAGCUCACUGAUGACGAAGUUGACGAGAUGAUCCGCGAGGCGGAUCAGGACGGUGACGGCCGGAUUGAUUACAACGAGUUCGUUCAGCUCAUGAUGCAAAAAUAA